AUGCCCUCCCUAGUUAUCUCUGUACUAAUGUACGCCUGCGAAACCUGGACAUUGACAGCGGAAAUCCUGAAGAAAUUGCGGGCCACUGAGGUGAGAUGCUUUCGGAAACUGCUUGGCAUCUCAUACAGAGAUCACAUCACUAACGAUGCAAUCAGAGACAGAAUCAGGCAAGCCAUUGGGCCCUAUGAUGAUAUCUUAACCACAGUAAAGAAACGCAAGUUAAAGUGGUUUGGGCAUGUAUGUAGAUCAUCAGGGCUUGCCAAGACGAUUUUACAAGGAAGAGUGCAAGGAGGGAGAAGAAGGGGCCGACAAAAGAAGCGUUGGGAAAACAACAUUGCUAAAUGGACAGGG